AUGAUGCGAUGCUCUUGCAGUUCAUCACUGGUACCCCCCUCUUCACAGGACUGUUAGUCCAGCCUCUUUGCAACAGGAUUGAUGCCUCUGGUGGCUUUUUGGUGAGUGGAGCAUGACAGGACAGCAGGACUCCAGCUUUGACCUAUGGGAAUAUUCAACUUCUAAUCAUAAGAAAAGAGCCACAGAACAAUAAGAUUCAAAAAUAAAGCAACCAUGUCCAGGAGAAAGGUGAGAGGCCUGACCCGCACGGGACGUCAAGUCAGUGAGGACCCAGACCUGGAUAACCUGCUGUCCACCCUCUCCCCUGAGGAGGUGGAGGAGCUGGAGAAGGACAUGAUGAAAGUGCCAGACCUUAAUCCAGAGGACGGUAAAAUCGUGGACCAAGGGGAGAGACAGCAUUCACAGCCAUCCAUGACCAACAACGCCCGGGAUGCUAAACUGGACGGCAAAGGGGCGAGUGAUCCCAAAAAGAGGCUCAGUCAGAGGGAACAGUCAUUUGAGGGGGAGCCAAAGAAGGAGAGCCGGAAGCAGGAAUAUCUGAGAAAGAUGGGCCUGAGCCAGGAGGGGAACGAUGACGUGAAAGUAGGGUUACGACAACAAGGUAGUGUCUCCAGUGAAAGAGAUGCAAAGGUAGAAGACAGGAACAGCAGAGGUCUUGAAAGUUCCAAAGUGGAGCAAAGUCGACUUUCAGGGAGAUACAGAAAGCAGGAUGGCAAGGAGAGCGAUGCAAAAGAGGAGACCAAAGAGAAACUUGAGGACAAUAAGGUAAGAGACAGGAGAGAAAACAGAGAGAGUGGAGGUAGCAAAAUGAAGGAUAUGAUCUCUAAGUUACAGGAGAAGAAGGAGGAUGGUAAAGAGAAGGAGAAGAGAGACGACUACAGGAGAAAAGAUGACAGCAAAACCAAAGAUAUUAUCUCAAAGCUGCGAGAAAAACAAGAAAAGGAGUCAGGCAAGGAAAAGGAGAGGAAACCAGAGAAUGUCAGAACACAAGGGUUAGUUUCUAAGAUGUUGGAGAAGCAGAGCAAAGUGCAAGAAACUCCAGCUCCAGAGAGCAAAUCAGAGGAGAGGAAGCCCAAAGCAGAGGAGAAAAAAGCAGAAGAGAAAACUAACACUGAUGUCAAACUUGAGCGACAAGCGUCAGAGAGAGGUGAAGUGCAGGUGAAGAAUGACAGGGCAGAGAAAAGGACAGAUCAAGAAGAGCUGGUUAACCACAGCGACCAUGUGAAAGAGAAAGAGAAGAAAGAAGAGGAGAAGAAAGACAAAGAGGAUCGUAAAGGAAAGGCUGCAGAAACUGAGAAACUUGGCAACUGUGUGGCCAAAAACAGCCCGAACAGCAAGGCCAAAGAGGAAGAAGAGGAGGAUGAAGACUCAAGCAUGUUUGAUGAGCUGAUGGAGCAAGUUCGGAGCAAUGACCCCUCCCUCACUGAGCUCAACGUCAACAACUCUGAGGUCAUCAAGACGAAGACCCUCAUCGAGUUUGCAGAGGCUUUGCACAAAAACACUCACAUCAAGCAGUUUGCUUUGGCUAACUGCCGCGCGGAUGACCAUGUAGCGUACGCCAUCGCAGGAACUCUACGCGCCAACAAGACCAUCACUAGCAUCAACGUCGACUCCAACCACCUCACUGGCAAGGGCAUCCUGGCUAUAAUCCAGGCACUGCAGCGCAACUCAACACUGACCGAGCUUCGCUUCCAAAACCAGCGGCACAUCUGUGGGGGGAAGACCGAGAUGGAGAUGACAAAGAUCCUGAAGGACAACACCACCAUGCUCAAACUGGGCUACCACUUUGAGUUAGCAGGACCCAGGAUGACCAUGACAAACAUCCUGAGUCGAAACAUGGACCGGCAGAGGCAGAAGCGCCUGCAGGAGCAGAAGCAGGCCCAGGCCAAUGGGGAAAAGAAGGCAGGGACACUGGAUGUACCCAAAACAGGCGGUGGCAGUGGUGGAGGAUCUCUGAGAAACUCGCCAAAAGCUUCCCCCAAACCUUCGCCAAUGCCUUCCCCUAUGCCAUCUCCAAAGCUGACUCCUAAACGAGGAGCUGGAGGUUCAGGACCACCACCACCACCUCCACCUCCUCCUGGGGUUGGACCGCCACCUCCGCCUCCUCUUAUGCUAGAGGUAGACUCUCUGAGGAAUUCUCUGACUCCGGUGUCGCAGAGGAAGCUGGAUGGGAAAAGUCCAGGGGGUAGUAAGAACUCAAGGGACCAAUUGCUCGCCUCCAUCAGAGGAAGCGACCAUACAGCACUCAAGAAGGUGCCGGUGCCAAAGUGGUUGCAGUAAUAUUUCCCGUCGGAAUGAAAAGUGAAACAAAAUGAGAGGGAGAACAGACAUCUCACCUAAGGUUUUCAAGGACAUAAACUCUACAUUCCCCCAAAUUCAGAAGAACUGAACUGUGGGACAGAUGCAAGCAAAACAUGAGAUGUCCAUCGGGUGGAUGACUAGCCCUCACUAUGAGUUCUCCCUGAAACACUGGACCAAAAAGACUAUGUGGAGAAGGAGUGACGCAGGGCUCUCUCUAUUAGCUGUCUGCAGUGAUUGUUUGUCUUAAGACCAUAUUGACGCUUUGCUGGUUAUUUGCACUAGAUAAUAUGGAGCCAAUCAUAUAACUGGCUUGUGUAUGCAUCUGAAUGUGAGCGAGGCGGGAGUGUGCGAUGAGCUUAAUAAGAGGUUCAUAUAACUCUAUAAAAUUCUAAUAUAAAAAGUCUAUCAUGAAUUUGACCAUUUAUUUAUUGGUGGCGAAGAAAUCCGCCUUAGUCGUAAACUUCUCAAACUGGGAAUUCUGAAAUGGCGGAAAUAUCAGGGAAUUAACAAACAUGGCGGCCUGACUGAAGAAAUCUGUGUUUAAAAAAAAAGGAAAGGUCAAGGUGGUCUUUGAAAGUGUGUCUAAUUGCCAAAUCUCAAACAUCUCAGGCAGGGUUUAAAGGAUUGGACAGCAGCCCAGUGGAAUCCUGGAGCAUGACGACAGAGUCUUAGCAUGGAAAUAAUGACAUAAUGUGCUUUCAAACCAGGAAGUGCAAACGGCUGCCAAUCAAGAUGAAGAUUAAUUCUGUACAGGAUCAUUCUAGCCUGCUUGUUUGAAUACCUUACAUAACUUGUAAUGUAACACAUCCACAUAUCUUAACCUUAAGGGGAUGUGAAAAAGACAUUAAUGGCUUAUAUCAACCCUCCUGUUUAUGUGAAUGUCAUUUCUAAAGAGUUUAAUGUGAUAAAACUAAGAAGAAAAAUCAGAGUGGCACUCACAUGUGUAUUGUGUAAUGAAAGAUUCGCUGUCAUAUCUGAUUACACAUGCCUUUCUUACAGAGCCUGUAUGUCUUCAAUAAAGAUGCUGGUAUGUUUGCAACAAGUCA